AUGACAAUACUGCAGAAGGAGAACAAAGACAUGUGGUCCCUCUGGCCCCUCCACCAGCUACUGAGGGUACAGGAGCACCAAUCCACUCUCUUUUCUCCACAUCUGUCCCCAGAGUACACAGGGAUCAGACUGGUGAACGGCAGCACAGUGUGUGCGGGGAGGGUUGAGGUCCAGGUGCUGGGAACCUGGGGGACCCUCUGUGCCUCCCGCUGGGACCUCUCGGAUGCCCACGUUCUCUGUCGUCAACUCAACUGCGGGUUUGCUGAGUCCAUUCCUGGAGGAGAAUAUUUUGGGAGAGAAACUGGCCCUGUCUGGAGAGACUCAUUCCACUGUGACGGGACUGAAGCUCUCCUGCAGCAGUGCCCAGUGACCACCUUGGGCGCCUCGCCGUGCUCCCAAGGGAACGCUGCUGCUGUCCUUUGCUCAGGGCACGAGGCCAAGCUGACCCUCUGCAACACCUCCCUGCCCGGCAGUGCGCUGGCGGCAGGGCUUGCGGAGGACGUGGGAGUCAUUUGCUGGGGGAGCCGGCGGGUCCGGCUGGUGAACGGGGCCGGGCGCUGCGCGGGGAGAGUGGAGAUCUACUCCCAGGGCAUCUGGGGGACUGUCUGCGACGACGGCUGGGACCUGUCUGAUGCCGCCGUCGUUUGCCACCAGCUGGGCUGCGGAGAGGCAGUGGAGGCAGCCGGCUCCGCUUUCGGGGAAGGCUCCGGGCAGAUCUGGCUGGAUGGUGUGAACUGCUCCGGGGCCGAAGCUGCUCUCUGGGACUGCCCGGCUGGGCCCUGGGGGCAGCACGACUGCGGGCACAAAGAGGAUGCGGGAGUCUCUGCUCAGUUCGUGGCCCUGAGGCUGGAGAACAGCGACGGCUGCUCCGGGCGCCUGCAGGUUUUCUACAACGGGACAUGGGGGAGUGUUUGCUCUAACUCCACUCAGGACACGGUGACACUGGCGUGCAAGGAGCUGGGCUGCGGGGACGGAGGAUCCCUGGAAACACGCCUGCCCUCUGGCAGGGUGUCUGGCCCUGCCUGGCUGGAUCGCGUGCAGUGGGAGAGAAACAGCUCCUUCUGGCAGUGUCCCUCCACGCCCUGGAAUCCACAGUCAUGUGAAUACCUGGAAGAGGAGAUCCACAUCACCUGCAAUGAUCCCACCCAAGGCCGUCAGCAGCAGCGGAGAGUCUCAGUGCCCGUCAUCAUGUGCAUCAUCCUGGGGACCCUUGUCUGCCUGCUCCUGGCCCUCCUGGCUGGACAAGUGCUGAGCGCCGGGGCUGGGCGCAGAGGCUCCAGAAGAGCCCAGGAGCCCUUCCCCGAGGCUGUGUACGAGGAGAUCGGGUACAGCCCAGCGUGGGAGAAACGAGCCAGGUUUGAUCGCUCAGGCUCCUAUUCAGAGGAGUCCCUGACCCAGCUGCAGCCCCACCCUGGGGUCAGCGAGGAGGAGAAUGGUCUGGGAUCAGCACCAGGGGGCAGCCUGCGCUCCUGGAGAAGUGCUGAGGUCCCUGGAGCUGAAGGAGACACAUCAUCCCCGUCCCCGGGGAGCAUGGGCUAUGAUGAUGCUGAAGAGGUGCCUGUGGCACUUCUCUCUGCAAGGAGUGCCUCUCCCUGGGAGUGGGGGACAGUGGCCUCCCUGUGGGCAGUGUGCCCUGGUCUGGGAACUGAGGUUGAGGUGAAGGAUGUGUGUGAGGAAAGGAGCAGUCUUUGCACCAGUGAGAAUGACCAUGAGGAGAGAGACAGAGUCUUUGCAGAGACCCCUCAGUGGAGAGAUCCCGAUCUCUGUGGAGCAGGGAAGGAGACCCAGCUGGAGAACACCCCAAAGACACACUGA